AUGGCGAUGAGGACGCCUGUAAGAACUAACAGCCAACAGGUAAGCUUAUCUUUUUUGUGAUUAAUUGAUGGUUUAGGUGAUCCAAAAGAAAUUCAGCGAUUUAACUGUGGAUGUCUACAACAUUUCCCAAAGUUAUACCGAUUUAUCCAUUGAAGGUGCAGAGAAUCUGGAGAGAUUUAUAAAAUCCAAAGGAGAACCAUUUAUGCGGAAUAAUAACACGUUGCGGACUGUGGACCGUCUGAAUGAGAUUAAUGAGAAAUUGGAGAAGAUUCUUCAGAAGAUAACCAUAGCCAUUGGAAAUCUCAAAGCUAUGAAUACAUUAUCCCAUCAGGGAAGCGUCGAAACUAUUUUGGAAACGAAGAUCAGUAGUGCAGCACAUGCUUGUUUUUCAUUACUUCGAGAAUUGCAAAGAGAUUUGGAACACAAACGCUGCAUACUUCAGAAGGCCUCUUUGUCUACAGAUGCGGAUCAAGUAAUGAUGGUGGCAUACUGGCGAGAGUCUUUCCGACGGUUUCAAUGUUACUGUUAUGAUCUUUUGGCUCUAAUUCAAUAGUCUGUUUUUUAUUUUGACCUUUGAUCAUGGAAACUCAAAGGGAAAUUCGACAGAGGGGAACUCGACUGAAUUCAAGGAAGGACACACAUGUGUACGCAUGGAAGAGAAAACGAGAGAUAUAAGAAAUCAGUCGAAUUUACCCCCUCUGUCGAAUUUCUUUCAAUCAAGUUUCACUCUGUCGAAUUUCCGUGAAGCCGAAUAAACAGGGGUGGUCAGCAGACCCUAUUUUUCCGAUUUUCGGCCCGCGGCCCGGCCCGUCUAAUCACCGGCCCGGCCCGGCCCGUCUAGUCUUUUUCCAGGCCCGGCCCGGCCCGUGACGGGCCUGGCCCGGCCCGGCCCGUGACGGGCCUGGCCCGGCCCGGCCCGUGCAGGCCCGUCUAUAGAGGGUUCUGCGAACUGCGCCCAGGCUCGGGAUCUAAACUGAGGCAAAAAAGGCGUUGAUCUAGCUAGUAAAGGAUCAAUGUGAUAGUUUUGUGGUUCUAUAAUGGAACUAUAGACUUGUAAACGUGUUAGAACUUGAGAAACAGCAACUAUAACAACAUCAAUUAAUUUUCCCGGCGCGAAAACAAUGAAUGCCAACGGUUUGGCAUUGUAUUUUAGACGGGCCGGGCCGGGCCGGAAAAAACCCCAGGCCCGCGGCCCGGCCCGGCCCGUGACGGGCCCGGCCCGUUUGUCAAUUUCCAUUUUUGAGGCCGGCCGGCCCGUUUGGGCCGGGCCGGCCCGGGCCGCCGACCACCCCUGCGAAUAAACUCUAAGGGAAGACUUGACACAUAGUUCUGCGGGUCAUCUGCUUCUUUCUCGAAGCCUGGUUUUGCUGCCUCCAAAAUGGAAGUAUACGGGAAGAUUUAAUUGUUUGAAUCUUUGGGGUUUGACGAUCUAUCAAAUCCCAGGCUUUGAACGAGGGGAUGAAGUUUUUUAUGUUUUAUGGAUGCCAAUUUUUACGUUUCUAAUGGAAUAUUAGUUGCAGACCAGGAGAAUGGAAGGAAUUCCCCGUGUUCUGAUGUUAGUUCCUGACAUCAAGUUACCAGAGGGACCCAGUUAUCUCGAUCAGACACAGAAGAUAAAGAACGUAAGCUCUGUGUCUUAUUCAAUAUUUGUUUAGUAUAUUGCACAGCACUAUCAAAAUAAUCCGGAAAAUUUUAAUGAAGCUAUUCAAGAAUUGGAUGCUAUGAGGAAUGUAAGUAAGAUGCUUACUUAUUUACUGUCUAACUUUAGUGUGUGUUGUUGGGGUUUGAUGAACAAAGAACAAUAUUGGUCCUUAAACGGUAUUUUGCCCAGUUGAUGAUGAUGAAGAACAGAUUUCCGAUGGAGUUGGAUGGCGAGGCAGCCAUUGAGUUUUCCUGGUAAAGCAUUAUACGUAUUGAAAGUGGUUUGUGACAUUUUAGGCAGGACAAAUCGUCAAACAAUUUGCCAGUCGUCCUUCCGGAUAUUCAUUUCGAGAUUUGUUGUGUAAUGUUUAAUAUUGGGACUAUUCAUGCGCAUAUUGCCGGAGCGCAGUUGCGCACAGAAGAAGACGUACGUUUCUUGUUUUUGUUUACCUUUUGUUUCUUUUAUUUUUAGAGUAUUAAAGUUUCGUUUGAUCACUUCCGGGCAGCAUCUUGGCCAUUUAUUUACCUGAGAGAUGAACUGAAGGCAUCAAGACUUGGGAUUGUCGACUUUAGCACUGAUGCGCUUAUAUUUUAUGCAAAUGUGAUGUUGGUAAGGAUAUUUUGAUUAGUUAAAUCUGAAUUUAGGCACAAGCCCAAGAAUGUCUACUUGAGAAGUCGUUAAUAAAUCACAAUUCGUCGCUGGUCUCAGCCAAAUUAGCCCUUAGAAUCAGUGAUAUCUACAAUUCAUGCGCCCAUGUUAUCCAAGGAGAUGCGAGUGCUGAUCGAGAGCUGGCUCUCAUUAAGAUAUCGUCCUCUAGGUCCAAACAAUGGCUGAGUCUCUGCAAUGUAAAGACUAAUUUAUACGCGGCGAUCUGUGCAUUCUUUAGAGGAACUUUUUACGAUGAUAAGAAGGAAUUUGGUAAAGGGUAAGAAUUUAUCAUUUUUUUGAGUAUAUUUUUUAGUGUUACUUGUUAUGCUUAUGGCCUGGAGAAAGCCAAGCAAGCACUGGCGUUUGCUGAAAAGGACAAGAGAGACGGCCUAAUUCAAUCAGCUGUGUUUGUGUUGGAAGUUCUUACCCAAAAGUAUGUUUGUGAAGUUACUAUAACAAGUUUUAGAGAGGCAAAUUCGAGGAAAGAGAAUGAUUUUAUCUACCAUGAGAGGACCCCCACUUAUGCGGACCUGGAUGAAUUCAAAGCUCCGACCGAACUGGUCAGUCCCAAUUCGUAUGACCCCUUGGAUAAAUCUCUGGCCGGCGAAGAUCUUUUCAAACAAUUGUUACCCAGUACUGUUAUUACAAUCGUUUCUUUAUACGAGGAAAGAAAAGCCCAAAUGAAACGAGAGGUGCAAGACAAGGUGGACCGAAAGGACAUAGAGUUGGAAGAGUUCUUGACCACGCUAAGAUUGGACAAAUUAAACUUGGAUCAGCCUUACGAAGCAUACCGAUUGCCUGAGGCAUUACUGACAUGUUGUAGUGAAAUGGCAUCCAACCCAUCGGCUGUUCCUGAUCUCAAUGUCAAAUUCCAUGAAGUUGCCACAAGAUCUGCGGAGGCUGAAUGCAAGUUGUCCGAGCUUACCAAUCGUUUGAAUGCGAUUAAUGCCAAAGAAUUGGUAGGAGCCCGGUUUAAAUAUUGUAUCCUUAAUGUUUAGGUUGAAACUGAUGGUUUCAAAGCAAUUGUAAAGAAGGUGAAAAGUUUGAAUGAGCAUCAUCUGGUUGCUAAGAAAAAUAAUACUGAACUUCAAGCAGGAUUCGAUGCGACUACUGAUAAUCUAAAGGUCUUAACGAAGCCCAUCCAUGAACUCACGAAGAUGCUUUGCGAUGAAUUCUUUGAUCCGGGUAUGAUAGAACCAGGCUUAAAUAAUGGUGAAUUUAUUAUUUCAGUUGAUACUCCCGAAGGAAAGGAGUUGAAAAGAUUAUUGGAUAAAGUGGAUGAGAUGCAAAAACAGCGAAGGAAGUUGGUUGAAGAUCUGAGAGAUGCUUUGGACAGAGAUGAUAUAACUCCUCAAGCCUUGGUGGAUCCUUAUGUACAGCCAGAAAUUGUAAUUGAGAAGCAGAUCAAAAAACACGAUCAAAAAUUGGAUCUAAUAGAGAAGAAUCUGUCUGCACAAAGCAACAUCAUUAAAGCCGUUAUCAAUGGAAAUGCCGCUUUUGAUGAGGUCGGUCAAAAGAUUGCUAAAAGAGAAGAAAAGUAAGUGUCUCAGUAAAUUGAUUUGACGAUGUUUAGGAAAUCAACAGAAGCCGCCAAAUUACUCGCGUCUUAUCAAGGCUACAAGGAGAUCGUAAAGCAAACGAUUUCGGCUAUUGAAUUCUACACGCAACUGUUUAGUAUGAUUACAAAGCUGAGUGAUUCUAUUAAGAAUAUUGAAGAAGCGAGUACGUUUAAUUCAGCAGAAGUUUAUCUUUAUUCAGAUACGAGGUUUGAGAAGGAACUGAUUGAUCGGAAGAAGGCGGUCGAAGAAAAGGAACGUGCGGCCUUGGCCGCAAAGCAAGCGGCCGAAGCUAUGGCCGAUUUUGGAUUCCCUUCUAUUUCGCCUUGUGUUCCUUCGAAUGGAGUUACUGAUGCAAAGAGACCGGGUGCAGGUAAGAAGAUGACUGAUUUUGGGUUUUGAUGACAUUUUCAUCCAGGCCGAAAAACUUUGGGAGAUUACUUGGAUCAUUACAAAAACAACAGCAGGCUGCCGCCAAAUCCAACUCCAAGCUGGGCCCCUCCUCCAUUCUCGGCCCCUGUAUCGGCUCCUUAUCAGCCCUCAUCGGUUUCAAAUAACCCGCUACCGGCAGCUGCACGUCAUGCUUCACCAUAUUACCCGUCACAUCCACAACCUCAGCCUCAGGUCCCCCAAAGCCAAAUGAAUUCCGUAAUAUCUCCCACACCACCAAGUAUGUACUCGCAGCCACCGGUGGCCCCGAACCCAUAUGAUCGAUACCCAACGUCACAGCCGAACCAGGCUCAACAUGCGAUGUAUUCGGCAGCCCAGAGUAUGGGCAACCGCGCUCCUGCUACUUACUCGACACCGUCUUCAACUAUCCAACAGCCUGCUCAGCAUAACUUUUCUUACAACGCAUUGCCAGGAAACAUGGCAGUGAACUCGAAUUCGGGUGUGUACAACCAACUAGCUGCACAUAAUUACAUCCCACAACCUCCGCCUGUUCAACAACAAUACUUUCCGACGUCUCCCGAAUCAGCGCAACCAGUGCCGAGUGCCUAUCAAAAUAUGUAUAUGACGCCUGCAGUAUCGGGGAAUCAGCCUAUUCAGACAGUGUCCAAUGGAAUCCAUCAAGUCCCAAAUGUUUCCUAUCAGAAUCCCCAAAUCUGCGCUUCCCCUGCAGCUUACACGCAACCGAAUCCACCUAUCCAGGGACAAGAAACUGAUGUCCUGGCUGCGGUUGGCUUCUCAUCUCCUGGAGUACCGUCCCAAUCUACUUACCAAACAGUCCCAGCUAUGCCUCCAUCGUCGGGAUUUUCUUCGGCUGCUAAAACUUACCAGCCGAACACCUCGGGUUAUAACCGACCUGCACCUGGAGUUUCGCCUUGGCAUCAAGGACUCGCCACCCCUUACAACCCAAACCAACCCUUUCCACCUGGUCCCCCAAAUAACAACAGUCUGAUUUAA